AUGGGCUCCAAUGGAGCGGCGACAGCGGCCCUAGUUGGCCGCGGAAACAGGGUGAACUGCGAAGACGACACAGGCUAUCAGAUUAUUUUGCCUCCCCUGCCAAAAGGACGCGUGGUGUUGAACACCGUAUUUUUGCACGGUGACGUGCGAGCCAGACCCUACAGAGCUGAGGAUUUUCGGGACGCUCUCGGCCCAACAGGACUGCUGCCGGAGGUGCUUGCGCUUGGGGCUUACCAGAUCAACCACGUCUGGGCGGUGACCAUGAACAACGCCGACGCCACGAAACGGCUGCUGGACGUCAAGGAGCUCAAGGUAAAGGGGCGGCGCUGCAUCGUGGUUGACCCCCAAGACCAGCAGGUACGGCUGCGUCUUCAUUGGCUAAUACAUGGUGUGGCUGAUGAAGAUGUAAGAACGGCGCUGGCGGCCUUUGGAAAGGUGACGGAUGUUUGCAGAGAGCAUUGGCGUGUACCAGGACUCGGCGAUAAAGGCUCUUCAACACGGACGGUUAGUCUGCAACUAAAGGCUGGCCUUACUUUGGACGACCUGCCACACCAGCUACGAGUGUCUGGCAUUAUGGCCCUUGUUGUUGUACCUGGAAGGCCGCCGCUUUGUCUGCGGUGCCAGCGAACAGGGCAUAUUCGCCGAGAUUGCCGCGUCCCAAGGUGCAAGCUGUGUCGGCGCUUCGGACAUGAUGAUAGCCAGUGCGCUAAGACCUACGCGAGCGUGGCCAGCCAAAGGAGCCGGGAGGACCCUGCAGAGCACAUCAUGGACGAGGUGGACGCGGCGGAGGCAGGGGGAGACAAGGUCAGCGAGCCUAUAUCUCCAGCAGUUGAAACCUCCGAAGGAGAGAAUGUGAAAAGUGUUCAAAGUGAAAAUGGUGAUGUGCCAUGUGUACAGCAGGAAACGGCCACCCCAACGUGCGUGGGCAAAGACGCCCCUGACACCGCUCCGCCCUCACCGGGUAAUGACGAAGAAGACAUGGACGUCGCAAGCAGCUCGUCUGCGAAGCGGCCCCACGGGCAAGUCUCCGACGGCGACGACGGUUCCAGUGAGAAGGUGCAGGAGCCACCCAGAAAAGACAUUCCGUACCGCCGUUCAUCCUUUAAACCAAAGCCUAACGUUCCGCCGGAUUCCCAUCCGACGGUAACGAAGGCGCCCCCGUAA